AUGAGGACUAUAGCGCUUCAAUCCCCGGAGCACCGAAAUCUGCUCGAUGUAAUUGACAAGCUACGAUCCAGGGGACUGGGCAAGUAUGUUGACUUGCCGGAAAUCGUGGUCUGCGGAGAUCAGUCUGCUGGGAAAAGCUCUGUUCUUGAGGCCAUCUCCGGCAUGACUUUCCCAACUAAAGAUAACCUUUGCACUCGAUUCCCUACUGAGCUGAUCCUUCGCCGUCAUGCUCAAAACGCAGUUAAAAUUUCUAUCAAUCCUGAUCCGGAGAGAUCAGCCGAGGAGAAGGCACAGCUUAGAAGGUUCAGUGUCGACACUCAAUCUUCUGAGCCCGACAUUGGUACUAUCGUUGAAAAGGCAAAGGAAGCCAUGAACCUUUCGGAAACAAGAAAAUUCAGCACCGAUGUCCUGCGAAUAGAGUUAUGUGGGCCAGUUCAACCACAUCUGACUAUGGUUGAUCUUCCAGGGCUGUUUCGAGCGGGCAAUCGAGGCCAGUCCGCCGAAGAUGCACUCAUAGUGAGCAAGAUGGUUCGCGAUUACGUCAAAAGACCUCGGAGCAUUAUUCUGGCUGUAGUGUCGGCAAAAAGCGACUUUGCUUUACAGGAGAUCACCGAGAUGGCUCGCGAGCUUGAUCCGCAUGGUCUCCGGACCCUUGGCCUCAUCACGAAGCCAGAUACAUUGGACUCUGGAUCUGACAGCGAGGCUGCCUACAUUCGACUGGCGCAAAACCAGGAUGUAUUUUUUCGCCUUGGUUGGCACGUCUUGAAAAACCGAGACUUUAAGAUGAGGCACGCCAGUUCGAAUGAGCGAGACGAGGCCGAAGAGGCAUUUUUCUCAGCUUGGCCGUGGGCUGCUUUAGAUAACAAGUAUCUCGGAGUGAAAUCGCUGAGGCCAAAGCUCAGUAACGUUUUGAAGGACCAGAUAUUGCAACAGCUGCCAAGUUUUGUUCAGGACAUUGACAUCGAGAUUACGAAUUGCCGGAACCACUUGAACCGGCUUGGUACAGCGCGCACUACGCCAGCGGAGCAACGCAGGUAUUUAUUUCAAGUCAGCCGAGACUUCACAGCGAUUAUGCGGGCUGCUGUGGACGGAGAAUACAAUAAUGUAUUCUUUGGUAGCUCCAAAACUGAUGAAGGUUAUCGGAGGCGCCUCAGAGCCCGUGUGCAAGAGAGUCUUACAGUCUUCGCCGAAAAUGUACGUCAACACGGCCAGAACAAAAUUAUAGUCGACUCUGAAGAUGAAGCGGAACUUUCCGGACGUCAGAUUACGAGAUCUUCGUACAUGGGCGAGGUCAAGGAUUUAAUGAGACGAAGCAGAGGGCGUGAAUUGCCUGGCACCUUCAAUCCACUCAUUAUCGGAGAGCUCUUUAUAGAACAGUGUCAACCGUGGGACGGCAUUGCUGCAGAUGUGAAGAGCGAUGUCCUCAGAAUCGUCUAUGAAGUAGCAAAAACCAUCGUGGAGCACGUCGCAGUUGAAGAGACGGCAGAAAGAAUCCUCCAAGUUAUUAAUACGGCUAUUAGCAGCCUCGGCGAUGAGCUGGACUCCGAAUUCCAACUGCUCCUACCGUCCCGGGCAGUCCAUCCGAUUACAUACAAUCACUAUCUGACAGACACUGUUCAGAAGAUCCAGGAGGACAGACGCCGACAUAAGCUCAGAGAGGGAUUUAGGACGCUGAUGGGAGACGACGAAAUAAGCCCUGUGGAUCAAAACGUGUACAUGAAUCCCUCGGCAUUAAUUUCUCAGUUGGAAGAUCAUACUGAAGUCGACAUGGAAUCUUAUGCGUGCAGCCUGGCAAUCGAUUACGCGGAAGCGUAUUACAAAUCAGACGCAGUAUUUGGACUCGAUGAUGAAGAAACUCUUCGCUUGGCUGGGGAAAGCGAAUAUUCGACUUCAGAGCGAAGGCGCAUCAAAGAGAAGCUCGCAGUUCUUGAAGGCAGCAAGGCUGAGCUCAGGAGGCUCAAUGUUCAUCAUUCACCGGCUUGUCCUUCAAGCAGCCCUUACGAGGACAAAAUCACCGAGGACAGUACACAAACUAUAAAUGAGGUUGAGGUUGAAGAUAGAGAUUCGGGAAAGAUGACAGCGGACCAGACCCAAGAUGGCCAAGUCGAGACCGAGACCCAUGUAGACUCGGUUCAAAAUGAUGUCUCUUCCGGAAGAUAUCAUUCUGAAACCAUAGACUUAUCCUUUCAGCAAGAUAUAGUGGAUGACUUUGAGUGUGCUCCUAGCAGGGUGAAAAAGUACAAGAAGAAAAAGAAGAAGAACAGCGUUGCGGACGAUGGACAACGGGACAAUGUUGGGCAUAGUCUGAACGUUGUAAACCUCGCGCCAAUGCAGCCACCUACUUGGUCAGAUUGA